GCAUUUCAACUCAGCAUUUUGAUAUUGAUUGAGGAAUGGACGAAAGAAGUCGCCAGCAACAGCCAAAACAUGCUUCAAAAACUUUUGGAAUAAAGAAAAAGAAGGACAAAGAAAAAAGGUUCUGCAAUUUGUUUUUAAGCAUAUGAGGCUCCUAUGACAACAGAAUCAAAGAACUUGGCUGAUUGGCAGGCUUCAAUCUUGGUAGGAAAAACAAAGAAGCUGGAGAGCAAGAUAGGAAGAAAAAAUAAGAUGGGAGCUAUAAAGGAGACAUUCUUCAUAUCACAUGGAUCACCAAUGAUAUCUUUGGAUGAUUCAUUUCCUGCAAGACAUUUCUUGCUGGCUUUCAAAGAAAGGGUGUUCAGUCAGAGACCUAAAGGCAUUCUGAUAAUUUCUGCCCAUUGGGAGACCUCAGAACCAGCUGUGAAUUUGAUCCCUGGCCGUCAGGAUACUAUCCAUGACUUCAUCUCUAACUUCCCCAGGGCAUUGUACCAGAUCCAGUAUCCAGCGCCAAGUGCUCCAGAAUUGGCAAAGAAGGUAAAGGAACUGUUGACUGCCUCAGGUUUUGAUCAGGUAGAGGAGGAUAAGAAGCGCGGUUUGGAUCAUGGAGCAUGGGUUCCCCUCAUGCUUAUGUAUCCCGAUGCUGAUAUACCAGUUUGCCAGCUAUCUGUCCAGCCAAGCCGGGAUGGGACUUACCAUUAUCGAAUGGGAAGAGCAUUGGCCCCUCUCAAGGAUGAGGGCUACCUUAUAAUUGGUUCAGGAGCUGCCACUCACAAUACAAGUCUCGCUGAAUCUACUUCGAUUGAUCCUUGUGUUCUGCAGUUUGACACUUGGCUCAAAGAAGCCAUCCUUGCAGGAAGGUAUGAGGAUAUUAACCAGUAUGAAGAGAAGGCACCAUAUGCAAAAGAAGCUCAUCCUUGGCCUGAACAUUUUUACCCAUUACAUGUAGCAAUGGGUGCUGCUGGUGAAAAAUGGAAAGCAGAACUUAUCCAUCACAGCUGGAGUACUCUUACCUCUCUCUCCUAUGCUUCAUAGGCAACAGACUAGCGAACUUCUUCAAGAAGCAUGUUCCUGUAUAUGUGCUAUUCUUGUAUUAUACACACACAAAAACAUUAUACAGAAAAACUGUUAACAAUAUCCGAAUGUCAUGUUUGCAGACACACUGUCUAUUAUGUAAAAUUAGGUUGUGUAAAAGUGAUUUAUGCAUUUCCUUCAUCCUUUACUUUUCUGUAUCUGAGUAAUUGAACAUGCGA